UACUGAGCUAGCCGUCCAAAAUCUAAAUAAUUUUCAAGACUUUCAAAGUAUGUUUAAAACAGAUAACAAGGGAUUUCCAUACUGUCAAUGUUUUCCAAUCUUAGAGCUACCUACAGUCGUAUUAUUCCAUGUGAUAGAAUAUCUAAACAAGAAAGAAAAAGGGAUCCUAUCACGCGUCAAUAGACAGUUCAGAGAGAUCAUGAAAUCACCAAAUCAUUGGAAAAAUACCACUUUUGUGCUAUCUCCAAAAAAGCUAGUUCAAUGUAAACACAUUGUGAGCCUUCUUAGUCCAAGAAAAGCCGAAUCUGUUAUAUUUUCAAGCACUUGUAGCAAGGAAUUCCAACGAGCAAUAUUGGUCGGAAUACCAAGCUUGAGAGCCAUCACCACAGAUAAUCCGAAUCCCUCUACACUUGAACUUAUUGUGAGCCAUGCUAAAGAAAUAACGAAAUUGCAUCUAGGAAUGGUUUCUACACAAAAAACACCAGAUCUUACGUUGCAUUUUAAGGAAUUAGAAAACUUGGUGGACGUUUCCUUGGACAGACAUGUGUUCAAGUUUGAUGUAAGUGGAGGAUGGAUUGGUAACUGGGGAAGGGAGGGUUUUGCGACGUUAAAACAGAAUUCUACCCUAAAAGAGUUGAACCUUUGUGGCUCGUUGAGAAGCAACGCCAUCAUAACCCAGACUAUACACUGGCUAGACACAUAUUCCUCAUUAAUUUACCUGAACUUAAGUUUCAGUUUAGAUGAACGUGUUCUACGAUUGGCUUUACUAUACCUCUACAAGCUACCAAAUCUAAAGAAACUAGAUCUCACUAAAUCUGCUCUACAAAACAACAUGUUUCGUGAAAAUCACCCGAAACUUUGGUCUAUUGAAUUGAAAAGCUGCUUUGAGAUUUCUGGACAAACGCUGAGAACUUUAUCAUCAGUUAUGGGAAACUCUCUGCAAUACCUUGGUUUAUCGAACUGUAACCGUAUUGAAGAUAAGGAUCUAACUUCUUUAAUAACAAUGUUUUCUUGCUUGGAAACCAUUGAUUUAAGUGGUUGUACAGGCAUUAGUGAUAUGGUACUGUUUCAAAAUUUUCGUAAUGGAAAAUUAAGAAAAAUAAUUUUGAAAGGCUGUUCGAAUGUAAGCGAGGAAGCAAUUCAAAUGGUUCGAAAGAAUACGAUGAACAAAUUAACAGUUAUAUUAUAAUCAGUGGGGUUCGGUUUCUUAAAUGAUUCUCUUUUGUUUAGUCGAUGUCUGACAAAARAUUGGCACUAAUCACAUAAUUUACUAUCUAGUAACCGACCAAGCUAUAAUAACACGACCCAACGCAAAACUACUAAUAUUUUUUAUUAAAAUUUAUAUAAGACAUAUUUCUAUUACCUAAUAGAUCAAACCUUCAAGGGGGGUUCCGUGGAACCCCCCCUGGAUCCACCACUGAUAAUCUGUUCUAUUUGCUGGGCAGGGCAUUCAAAUGCUAAAAGUUUAAAUUUCAUGCAAGUAAAGGUACUCUGCGGAACGGCUUUGCGAGAUCACUAGCGAAAAAUAAUGCACUUAUUUAACAAAUAAAACAGCUUUUUCCGUGCUCCGUUCAGUAAUAAAGAAGGAAGUGACGUAAGCAUUAAAGAAGUGUUAGGAGAAGGAGAAGGAGAAGGAGAAGGACGAGCCGUAGUUUUUUAUCACUGAAUGGGCACGGUAAAGGCUGAUUUAUUGGUUUUAUUAUAUAUUAAUAUUAUUUUUCGGUAUUGAAUUUAUUUACGCAAAAAGAAAGACGGUUGCAGGAUCUAGCAGCACUUCGCGUGCGCUAAUGUUGUCAGCACUGUGCUCCGUGCACAGCUUUCGACCAAUCAUAGGGCUUGUACUAUCCUAACUAUAUCAUAAACUGCCAUACCAACGCGCUGCAGAUGCAGAGCAAGAGAGAAGCAAGCUUAGGAACACGAGGCGUAGCCGAGCUCUUGCUUCUCAAGUGCUCUACAGCUCCCAAAGUGUAGUAAUACAGAUAAGCAGUAGUUUAAUAUUGCUUUUAUAAAAUAUUUUGGCGUGUCUCUGUCUUCUGAUAUAAACACGUUAACCGGCUGCCAGCCAAUUAGGCCGCGCGUUGUAACUCAAAACUGUAUAAAGAAAUAUUAAGAUCAAUUAUUCAGAGUAUGUAAU